UCGCCAAACCUUUGAGAAAAUUGCUCCCAUGUCAAUGCGCCGCGAGGGUGGCGCCACGGCGCGGCCAGCGCCGCGAAACGCUGCAGUGGUGUCGAAGGGCGAAGAGAGUCCGCGACUGUAAAGAAGCGAGUAGAGAGGUUGCAUAGAGGGAGCGAGUUCAGUUCAGGCGCAAAGGUCCUCGGUUAAGGACGCGACGGUCCUGCUAAUCGGGACACUAUGCCAGGCGGCGAGGGGUCCCCGAUCAAUCUCCUCGACCACCAUGCAUCGACCACCUCCGGCGAGUGCGCGAACAGUGAUGAAGAUGAGAGGACAACGGGCACCGUUUCCAGCACGAUGACGAACGUCCUCGCGGGCGAAGGUCUGAGACGGAGGAAGGUCAUACACGCGGCCAAAGAAACCCUCGACAAGGCGUCACGCCUGCUCAGGCGGAAGAUACCAUGUACAGGCCACCUGAUGACCCCCCGCCGCCUUUGGAUACAAAAGGUUCCAACUCAGGAAUGCGACGUCGUGAUGAUGUUCCCAAGCGGAACGAGCGACGAAACCCUGAUGUGGCUUCUAGGCAGACUUCGGGCUGGAACCCCGGGCCUAGUGGUGCACGUACGGCACCAUGCCUCGUCAGAUAGUUACGGGUUUUACUUAACAGCCCCUUUCAGCGUACUGUUGAAAGCCGCCGAAGAGGUGCAUUUGCCGAAAACUCUGCGACAAGAGUACGGCGGAGGACAGAAGGAGUUCAUGGGCUCUGAAGCGAACUGCUUCGAAGGCAGCGACGACGAAACUCGAUUCUUCACCACUCAGGAGAGGCAGUCGUUGGUCCUGCACCUGCUGCACACACUUAGGGCAGGUCCAGAAGAUCUUCACAGUCUAUCUGGUCUGAAGAUGGUCGAGGGUCAAGCUAUCAUUCCAAAGUGCAUUUCUGCUGGGAUCAUCUCCCAGGUCUUCCCUCUUCACGAAUUGCCUGCGUUGGAGAAGCUGCAGCGGACAUGGGUCCGCGCGUUCCUCAGCCCCCAACCCUUGGACGACAUUUGUAAAUACUUCGGUGUCAAGAUUACCAUGUACUUCGCGUGGCUCGGUCAUUACACCACCGCUUUGAUCGUUCCAGCUGCAGUGGGUGCCAUAUACUGGGUGGGCAUCAUCGGUAGGAAUCAAGCGGUGGAAGACGUAGCGUAUGUACUGUUCUCCGUCUUCAACGUAAUCUGGGCCACCGUUUAUCUAGAAACGUGGAAAAGAAGGGGUGCCGAAUUGGCCUACAGGUGGGGCACGUUGGAUCAAAGGGAUGACCUACUUCUCGAGCCUAGACCCUUGUUCACGGGCACCUUGGAGACCUCGCCUGUGACCGGAAGACUGGAGCCAACCUAUCCUAGAUGGAAGAGGAACAUGUUCCGGUAUUUCGUCAGCGUACCGGUGAUCGCCGCGUGCUUAUUCUUCGUUUUCAUCGUGAUGAUACUCAGCUUUCAGAUACAGGAUUGGUGGGAUGCUCGGCUAGAGUCGAGGGGUUAUGGGUUCUGGCUGAGCUACGUGCCAAAAGUUCUACUCGCAGUGGUGAUAGCGUUAAUGGACGAGGCGUAUUUCAAAGUCGCCGUAUGGUUGAACGAUAUGGAAAACUAUCGGCUAGACACAGAGUACGAGAAUCAUCUGAUCUACAAGGUGGCACUGUUUCAGUUUGUAAACUCCUUCCUAUCGCUAUUUUACAUCGCCUUCUACCUACAGGAUCAAGAGAGGCUCAAAGAGCAACUGGCCGCUCUGCUGAUAGCCCGCCAAGUGAUUGGCAACCUGAAAGAGUCUGCUGUGCCGUAUCUGAUCGAGCAACUGCGAUUGGCUCGUCUAAGCUUCGAGCUGUUCGGCGCUUUGAGCCCGAGCGAGGAUAGGCCGCCACCUGGCGAAGAGAACGAGAACCAAAAGGAAUCGGAGGAUAAGAGCGAACGAUCCGAGGGCGGGAAAGGAAAACAGCCGCGAAACGUCAGCCAAGCUGAGCUGGAGAGUUCCCUCUACAGAGUAGGGCAUCCCACUAAUUCUCUACUUAGUGACGUUACGUUCAAGAUAUCGAGCAAAAAGUACGACGGGGCGUUUUCAGAACAUCUGGAAAUGUUGUCACAGCUGGGAUACGUGUGCCUGUUCUCUUCAGCUUUUCCUCUGGCUGCCAUGGCGGCAUUGCUUGGAAACCUUCUUGAGCUACGAGGUGAUGCCUUCAAGCUGUGUUUUGUGCUCCAGCGGCCGUUUGGUCGAAGAGUUUCCAACAUUGGAACCUGGCAAAAUGCCAUGGAGGCAAUGGGAUUGGUCGCCAUCUUGGUGAACUGCGCCUUAAUAGGUUUGAGCGGGCAGGUACAAAGAAUGUUCCCUGAAAUGUCAGCUACUCAGACGAUUCUUCUGAUAGUUGCUCUCGAACACAUCAUGCUUGGUAUAAGAUUCAUAAUAAUCUGUGCAAUUCCCGAUAUUCCACAUUGGGUGGCCACAGAAAUGGCAAAGGUUGAGUUCUUGAGACGAGAGGCGGUCAGAAGGUUGUCGUCCACACCAUCACCGGAACAACAACCGGCCACAGUGAUAGGGAGAUUCGUGGUGAGUCCAGCAGACGGAGAGAGCGAAGAACAACAGCUGCUAUCCGAUCGUACCGGAGACGCAACCUCCUCCAGUCUUCCGGAUACACCAACUCUGGGAUCAACCACGCAGACACCUAGUAGCCCACCGACACCAAGCGCAGCUUCAGUGCCAAGAAUCUCUGAAACUCCUUCCGAGGCUCAGACACCUAUUAGCGCAGGCAGCAGUGACACAGGCAUCCCCUUCCUAACCGAGAACAACAUGGGCAGCGUACGAGACAUCCACAAUUCGCCUAGGUGCUCUAUUCCUGGUGGAGAACGAGGAAGACGUUCAAGAGAGUGGCUCCAGACCGAAUCAGAAGCAACAGGCGGAACAGAUCACUACAGUCAUCAUCUAACUAUCGGACCUCAUGGAGGUGUGGACUGGGUUCGAAGAUUGGGACUCGAAGCGGGCGGACGAAAGUCCAGCGACUCUGAGAUCAGUGGAGCUGGUGUCAGUGGCAGUGGAGAUGAACUGACUCUCCAUAGGUCCACUGACUGUAUCGUUUCCAAGGACCUUGCCUCGUCCUCAGACAGUGACCUCCUUAGAUCCGCCCCUCCGUGGACAGUAGCUCAUAGGAAUCAGAAGUUCCGGUUCUCCCCUGAGAGAGAAAGAGAACGAGAGAAGGCUGAAAGGCAACAGUAUCAACAACAUCAACGCGAGACUCUGGAACAAAAACAACAGUCGUCGUCCGAGAAGGAGAAGGACUCAAGCGGUCUUUCAGAUUCAAGCAAGACGAUCUCUAGUCAAGAGGAGGAGAAACCGUGGAAGGAGGAACGGGAGGCGAAGAAAACCAGGGUGAAACAGAGCCUGAUGAAGAGAGCCAGGUCAGUGGCAAUCUUCUCGCUAAAGUUGAAAGAACGAAGGGCGAGAGAAGCGCAACUGAAAGCGAAAGAGGCGGAGAAGGAGGCCAGGUGGCAGCAGCCGCCGUCAUGCGUUGGUGGCGAGCUCUCUUGCAUCCCCAUAGAAAAGCUUAUAUCCGUGGACGACAUCGCAGCCAUGGAAUUACGCAGACUUAAUCAUUAGCCGCUUAAACGUUUCACCUUUCGUUUUACACGCUACGUAGAAACGUUCAUCUGCGCCGGUGAUACUCGCUACGGAACGCAAAUGAAAGUUAUGUAUGGUCGUUUCGCGAUGCUCGAUCUCUUGAAUCGCGCAGAAUCUGUCAGGCCAUAUCAACAACGGAUACAACAGAUAAACGAGAUUCUGCGGAUUAACUUAUGUUUGAAAGUCAUUGAAAAAGGAAAAUUAACGCACAGAGAGAAAAGAGAGAAAAUUAGGAAGUGAGACGAAGAACAGAAGGGGGAAAAGAAUACGAAUAUCAUUAUUCCUACAAUGAACACCUCUUUUAUAUUAUUUUUUAUACGUUUCUUU